CGGCGGGGCCGCUCCGGCCUCCGCUCCGCGCGCGUCUCAGCGGCCCCCUUUCCGCUCCGGGCUCCCGGCGGGGGGGGUCCCGGCCGCCCCCGGGUCGCGUCGCGUCGCUUGCGCCAGCUCGCCUCGGCCUCGGGCGUCCGGGCCGACAGGGGUCCGCCCCGUUUCUCCCGUCCGGCCCGGCGUCCCGGGCCUGGGGAACCCGUGCCCGGCUGCCCCGGGCCUGCGCAGCGGCUCCUCCGGGCGUCCGCGGCGACCUCGCCGGGGCCCCCGGCCUCGGGUUGCGCGGCCCCUCGCGCGGACGAGGCGGGUCUCGCCGGGGCUGUCUCCCCUGCGGGUGCAGUCGCUUCCCUUCCCGCCUGGAGACGCGCGCCCCGCCGGUGCUUCCCGGAUCGGCGGACGGCUGCGUUACCGGGAGAAGCGUAGGCCGGGCAGGGAGCUGUGUUGGCGACGCGUGACCACUCGGGGCCGACGUGAAGGACACAGUGUGAAUGCCGGGGAUCUCCCUAGGCGGGUGAGAGCACGUCUCCCAGCCGCCGACGGACGUGAUGUACCACCGGUUGCUGUCGGUGGUCCGAAGACAAAGGACCGGCCGAGGAUGGCAGAACUGGUCGUCGGGGAGAAGCGGCGCGUCUGCUGCCGAGGCGCAUUCUGUCGCCCUGCCUGCCCAGGCGCAGGUCGUCAUCUGCGGCGGGGGAAUCAUGGGCACAUCCGUGGCCUAUCACCUCUCCAAGAUGGGGUGGAAGGAUAUUGUCCUUUUGGAGCAGGGCAGGCUGGCUGCUGGCUCUACGAGGUUCUGUGCUGGCAUCCUGAGCACCGCCAGGCACUUGUCCAUCGAGCAGAAGAUGGCAGACUAUUCCAACAAACUCUACCAGCAGUUAGAGCAAGAAACGGGCAUCCAGACAGGUUACAUAAGGACAGGCUCGAUCUUUCUGGCCCAAACUCAGGACCGGCUGAUCUCCCUGAAGCGCAUCAACUCGAGGCUGAAUGUCAUAGGCAUCCCUUCUGAGAUCAUCUCCCCCAAGAAAGUCGCCGAACUUCACCCUCUCCUCAACGUGCACGACCUGGUGGGGGCCAUGCAUGUUCCCGAGGAUGCAGUGGUGUCCUCUGCUGAUGUGGCUCUCGCCCUGGCAAGUGCUGCCUCCCAAAAUGGUGUUCAGAUCUAUGACCGGACAAGCGUUCUUCAUGUAAUGGUCAAGAAAGGUCAGGUUACUGGUGUGGAGACAGAUAAAGGACAGAUCGAGUGCCAGUAUUUUGUCAACUGUGCUGGUCAGUGGGCAUACGAGCUGGGUCUGUCCAACGAGGAGCCGGUUAGUAUCCCGUUACAUGCCUGCGAACACUUCUACCUUCUGACUCGCCCCUUGGAGACCCCUCUGCAGAGCAACACACCAACUAUUGUGGAUGCUGAUGGAAGAAUUUAUAUCCGGAACUGGCAGGGUGGCAUCUUGUCUGGGGGCUUUGAGAAGAACCCGAAGCCAAUCUUCACUGAGGGCAAGAACCAGCUGGAGAUUCAGAAUCUGCAGGAAGACUGGGAUCACUUUGAGAGAGAGAGAGAGAGGCGCAGAGACACAGGCAGAGGAAGAAGCAGGCUCCAUGCAUCGGGAGCCCGACGUGGGACUCGAUCCCGGGUCCCCAGGAUCGCGCCCUGGGCCAAAGAGCCCCUGCUGAGUUCCCUCCUGCGGCGCAUGCCUGAACUGGACACUCUGGAGAUCAUGAAGUUGGUGAACUGCCCCGAGACCUUCACCCCAGACAUGAGGUGCAUCCUGGGCGAGUCUCCUUUGGUGCAGGGCUACUUUGUCCUGGCAGGAAUGAACUCUGCUGGCAUCUCCUUUGGUGGAGGGGCUGGGAGGUACCUCGCCGAAUGGAUGGUGCACGGUUAUCCCUCAGAAAACAUCUGGGAACUGGACCUGAAGCGUUUUGGAGCACUCCAGAGCAGCCGCACCUUUUUGCGCCACCGGGUCAUGGAAGUCAUGCCUCUGCUGUAUGACCUGAAGGUUCCCCGUUGGGACUUCCAGACCGGGAGGCAGUUGCGCACCUCUCCUCUCUAUGACCGGCUGGAUGCACAAGGAGCCAGGUGGAUGGAGAAACAUGGAUUUGAGAGACCAAAGUACUUUGUGCCACCGGACAAGGACCUCCUAGCACUGGAGCAGAGCAAGACUUUCUAUAAGCCAGACUGGUUCGACAUUGUGGAAUCUGAAGUCAAGUGCUGUAAGGAGGCCGUGUGUGUCAUCGACAUGUCUUCUUUCACAAAGUUUGAAAUAACAUCCACCGGGGACCAGGCACUGGAAGUUCUACAGUACCUCUUCUCCAAUGACCUGGAUGUGCCCGUGGGCCACAUUGUGCACACCGGCAUGCUCAACGAGGGCGGGGGCUACGAGAAUGACUGCAGUAUAGCGCGCCUGAGCAAGCGCAGCUUCUUCAUGAUUUCCCCAACCGACCAGCAGGUCCACUGUUGGGCCUGGCUUAAGAAACAUAUGCCAGAAGAUAGCAACCUGCUCCUGGAGGACGUCACCUGGAAAUACACUGCCCUCAAUCUGAUUGGUCCUCGGGCUGUGGAUGUGUUGUCUGAGCUGUCCUAUGCUCCUAUGACUCCAGACCACUUCCCAAGUCUGUUUUGCAAGGAGAUGAGUGUGGGCUACGCGAAUGGGAUCCGGGUGAUGAGCAUGACUCACACAGGAGAGCCGGGAUUCAUGCUUUAUAUCCCCAUUGAGUAUGCCCUGCAUGUGUACAACGAAGUGAUGAGUGUUGGGCAGAAAUACGGAAUCCGGAAUGCUGGGUACUAUGCUCUUCGUAGUCUUCGAAUUGAGAAGUUUUUUGCCUUCUGGGGUCAGGAUCUAAAUACCCUCACCACCCCCCUGGAAUGUGGACGAGAGUCUCGGGUAAAACUGGAGAAGGGGAUGGAUUUCAUGGGCCGAGAUGCCCUGCUGCAGCAGAAGCAGAACGGAGUGUACAAACGCCUCACCAUGUUCAUCCUGGACGAUCACGACACAGACCUGGACCUCUGGCCCUGGUGGGGAGAGCCCAUUUACCGCAACGGGCAGUACGCGGGCAAGACUACCAGCAGCGCCUACAGCUACACCCUGGAGCGCCACGUCUGCCUGGGCUUUGUGCACAACUUUUCCGAGGACACUGGAGAAGAACAGGUGGUGACAGCAGAUUUCAUCAACCGGGGAGAAUAUGAGAUUGACAUCGCAGGACACCGGUUUCAGGCCAAGGCCAAGCUCUACCCAGUCACCUCACUCUUCACCCACAAGCGCCGAAAGGAUGACGUGGAGCUGAGUGACUUGCACGGGAAGUAAUGGCCGCCAGUCUUGCUUGCCCGCCUGCCCCCUACUGCAGGGCCCCUCCUCCUCCUGGUCCCGCUCUCAGCUCCUUGAUGGGAUCUUUAACCUACCAGCUUUUAAAUCUUUUGCUUUGCAACCUCUCUCCUCCUUCCCCCUUCCCUUAUCCCUUCUGCAGUCUCCAUCUGAUGCCACUCUGGGCUCUCCCCCCCUCCCCCCAGCCCCAUGGUGACACGAAGCCUGACAGGCAGGACAGGCGCAAACUCCACUUUGGAAAUAGGUAACCAUGGCAGUCUGAUUUCUCCUGCUGUGUUUCGAAGCCAGGGAGGCUGGUGGUGUGCAGGCCUCAGGGCAAGAGUCCAGCUCCGUGAGGCCACCUUGCCUCGGAGUAACCUGUUUGUUUUGGAGGGUUGCUGUGGGUUUCAGUCGGCCCUGGGCAAAAGCCUGUGCCGUUGAGCCGGGCAGAUCAUUCUCUUCCAUCGUGCCGUGGGUUGGCACCCUGAUACCUCUGGCAAGAGGAUGACCAUCUACCUCACUCACGAGAGGCGCCACAUGGACGUUACCUGGUCUGUAGUCAAUGGUUAAUCUGGCUCCCUCCUGGCCUCCCUACCGACCCAGUUACUAGACUGUCAGGCCAGGGCCCCCUGCCUAAAAUUUUCAUGUCUCACUCAUUUCUCAGAGGGUUGGAGGCCUCUGUAAAGAAGCCAGUGUUUAAAAGGGAAAACCAUGUUGCCUUUUGUGUUGCUUUUCCCAGCUGAAUGGGUCUGAUCUCAGAAGAUGGCCCUGAGGUGGUUUUCUGCUGCUAGAAUGCUGCUGCUGCUGCUCUAUGCUGUCGCCCCAGCCUGACCCCCCCCUCUUCCCCAAGCACAUGCGACUUGGUCUGUCCUCCCUCGCCUGGCCCAUUGUAGCCAGCUGGCUCGCUCAGCAACUAGUACUGUACUGGGGAGGAACCAAACCUUGCUGGCUGUGCUGAGUUCAGGAGAGCUGCUGGCCUCCCGAGUUUUGUUUCCUCUGGCCCAGAACAGACAUGUCCACACAGAGGUGGCCCACCUGAGUGUGCAGAGGAUUUUUUUUUUUUUUUUUUUUUUGUGCAGAGGAUUCUGAGUGUGGAGGGUAUAUAUUGUGAAUGGGGUGGCCAGCUAGCCCACAGUCUGGGUCUCCAAUGGGAAAAGUGUGGGGGUGGGGGUAGGGGUACGAGAAGGCCCUCCACACUUUUAGACGGGGUCUGUUUCCUAAGGGGUGAGAGACCAUCACAGACCACUACCCAGCCUUUGCUGUUACUGAUUUUAAACUGUUGUCUUGGUACCUUAGAAGCAUUAGCUCUGAGAGAUCUUUAAGUAUCCUAAACAAGGGCCUUUUGUUUUUUGAGCAGCUUACAGUUCUCAGGUGUGUCUGUCUGUGGCAUUUCUUGGGAUCAGUUUACCCACUUCAUCAGAGAGAUUCCUUCUACACUCCCCAGCCAGACAAUCCCUACUUGAUCAUUGACAGCCGUGUCCGCUUUUUAAAGAAAGGCUUUAGUUGAUUUAUUAAGGGAGUAGGUAGGUAGAGGUCUGUUUGCUGAGCGAUGCUCCUUGAGGUAGGGAGUAGCGAAGGGGAGAGGUGCGGCCCCGCUGGAGAGCAGAGGGCAGCCGUUGUGAUGAGCAGGAACCAGGCACCGGGGCCUCACUGACCAAGGAAGAUGGAAACAGGCAAUGAGGCACUGAAGGUAUCCCAUGCUCCGCACCACACUCCUCCUCGUAAAUAUUUGGGGUUGAAUCUAAAAGACCAUUCUAGACUUAUGUGUAAGUUACAUCUUGUCCAUAAAUAGGGGUCACACUUUUAAGACUCUGGCGAGAUGUUAAUUUUCUGAGGCAUCACUUUAGUGCCCUGACAUACACACUUUGCUUUUAGCUCCUUAAAACUCACUCUUGAAAUCUCUUUCGGUUAAUUCAGGUAUUGACAAUAUGAAUCUGGUAGUUUCUCUCUUUGGUCCUAACACUGAAGAGGGUGACUCUCCUGUCUCCAGCAGAGCUGACGGUCAGAACAUUGUCAUUCCUGGGGCAGCAGGGCCACGUGUGCUGGGCCUUGUGUGACACACACAUUUACCUUGUGUGACCGCUCAUCUCUUCCUAGAGAUUUGUGGGAUUUGGAUUCCUGAGAAUUGUCAGCAGGACUCUGGUUUCAGGUUGCUGGUCCUUUUUCUCUCUGAAAUGAUCCAUGGUCCCCUCUUGUGCUCUCUUCAGGCAAGGGUUCUGCUCUUUUCCUUUUGAACCUAGAAACACAAAGCGUAGGCAGGACCUGCGACAGUAAAGAGAACCAAACAAUUCCCACUACAUUUCUAGUGCUCUGCCGUGGUGGGGGCUGUACCCCCUAAUACAAGAGCUGCCAUUCAAGCCAGGGACCCAGAGACCAUGAAGCUCGGGGAUUAAUCUCAGUUGUCCCAUUUCUGCAGGAGGGGAGCCUGGUCACUUGGCUUCUCACCAGAAGUCCUGUUCCGGGAUUUUACCUUCUUGUACAGACCAGCAGUUCCAUUACCUUGCCUCUGAGUGUACCUGAGACAUUACCCUACCACCAGCACGGAUGUAGCAGGAAUGACAGCAGCUUUUGGAAGGUGGUUUUGCUUCACUGAAGAGCUCACCUACCACCCUGCUCUGUUCAUCCUCUGCCUGACACACAUGCUGGCAUCUGAGUGAGUCUUCCCCCUCCUCUGAGAACCUAAGGGAGAUAAAAGGGAAUCUUGCAUAACCUGUAGUCUUGGUUCUGCCCCUGGAAGGCUGUGUCCUGGUAGAACUGCACUGGCACACUUUCAGGGUGUGCUAGCAGGUUGAAUUUUCUUUGUAGCUGCUUGGCCAGUAUAACUAGUAAGGAUCUCCUUACAUCCAAGGUGGAGGCUUGGUCACUAGUGCUUAAUACUGAAGAACUUUCUACUGUUUUCAUUUCUUUUUGUGCACCCCCUCUGCACCUGCCUCCCUCCCCAACUUGAUUUAAGCAGCUUUGAUCAGCAUGAUAAAGGGAAGAUUUUCAGGAGUCAAGAACUGUCCUCUGCAGGCACAAGGACUCGGGAGCACACAGCAGAGGGGUGGGAACCGUGGAGGACACGUGAAGGUGGAGGACACAGGAGUGUUACGCACUAGCCAUGCGCUGCUGGGGCUGGGAGCGGGCUCUGGGCCUGCCGGCAGCGCCUCUCCAGCAACCCCCACCUCAGCCUCAUUCACUUUAAGGUGCUGAGUUGUGAGGCUCCCUGUCACCUGUAUGGGGCUUGCAUUUGCAGUCCCUCAUCACUACAAAUGCACUAUUUUUCAAGAGAAUGAAAUAUUUUUCUAUGUGUUUGCCUUCUCUUUGUCCACUAAACAUCAGUUAUUCAUUGUAUAAUAUUCUUGACUUCUCUGAGUAAAGAAUCUACGUCCCUUAGAGAACGCAUUUCUUCGUGGGCUUGCUUUCUCAUUUAGAUGUACCUAUUUUGCCCUUCACAACCCUUUUCUGCCUUCUUGGUGUCCUGUCUCUCAAGGACAGAAAUUAGAAGAGGGUAGGGAGGGUAUUUUUAAUAUCCGUUUCAAAAGAUCUGUGCCAGAUUUCCUGUGUACACCAAGAACUGGAGAUCGGAGCACCUCUCUCCUAGCCCGGUUCUCGUGCCUUACCCCAGAAUGUCCCAUGGUGGGGUGUAGACAGGAAGGUCGAAAAGAAACUCCAAUCUGAGGGCUCCCAUCCACUGCACCAUAACCUCCGUUCCCUAGACCAACAGGUGUGGGGUAGAAAGUUUCUGAGGCUUCUUCCAUUCAAGGGGUUUCUAGCAGCACAGUUACCACUUUAAGAAAUGCCAUUAUAAUUAUUGUACAGGGCUGUAACUCCUUUAUGUUUGUAAAUGUGCGGUCCGCUCAGCCCCUCUCUACACAUGUAGUGUCAGCUUGUGGUGCUGAAGAUAAUCUGAGGCGCUUUAGGGGAUGGGAUUUUUCUUAAGAGCUCUGGUGACUUUAGGUAUCUGGGGUGACUGAGCAUUUCUGCCUCCACGAAUGCCGUAUUAACAUUGUACACUGUGUUUCUAUCAAGCCAGAUUCCAAUUCAGAUUUCCAUGUCACUAAGUUUGUAAAUGAAUAAAUAGACAUUUUAAUUA